AGAAGCAAAGCAUCAUGGACGUUCUGAAGAAGGGAUUCUCCAUAGCGAAGGAUGGAGUGGUGGCCGCCGCCGAGAAGACGAAGGCCGGAGUGGAGGAGGCCGCUGCCAAGACCAAGGAGGGGGUCUUCUAUGUCGGAAACAAGACGAUGGAGGGCGUGGUCACCGGUGUUAACACAGUUUCCCAGAAGACGAACGAACAGGCCAACAUCAUUGCCGACACUGCGGUUUCCGGGGCCAACGAGGUCGCCCAGGCAACGGUGGAGGGGGUGGAGAAUGCGGCGGUUGCGAGCGGAUUUGUCAGCACGGAGGAGGCGGGACCAGUGGCCGAGGAGGCUGACCUCCCAAAAACAGACGGGGGAGAACAGACGGACCAGGCUGCACAGUAGACUGUUGCCUUGCCGACCUGCAGUCACUUCCUGUUUCCUGUCCAAUGAGGAACAAGACGAGAGGAACCUCUGCAUUUUAGCUGUUGCUCAACCCUUUGACGUCUGACCUCUGAUCCUGCCUAACCCGGAAAGAUUCUUCAUCCACUGUGUUUAACCUCAUUAACCCAUAGAAACCAUCCUCAUCCUCCCUCCUGUUGCCAUGGUUACACUGCCUGUGCGUCACAUCCCACUUACACACACACUGAUGUCAGUUUUUAACACUCAGAGAUGAAUUUAAUCAGGUCGUACGCAUCCGUGCUCUCAGCUGGGUGGUCAGCGAGGGAUGACAUCACCCAGGCCAAGUGUUCUACAAGCUCCACCCCCUCCUGCCAAUCACCAGGCUGACCCCACCCUCCAGCAGACAGACAUCUGAAGCCUUUUAAAUGCAUGUCGCUUUACUGAUACACACUUAAAAUACUAGAAAACACUCACUCAUCGUCCGGUGUGGCACGCUGCAGCCUGCGCCGCUGAUAUUAACGAAGCUUCAGAUUUCUUCUUUUACAAAACAAGACGAAUAAAAAUGAGUUUCAAUCCA